UGCUGCGUUAUCUUUGCAUUUAAGUGAUUACGUGUCCUUUUUGUAAUGUUAUCUUAUGAAGGGUGUGUUUUGUUUAAAUAACUGUAUUGUGUAUUAUGGAACAAAAAAGGUUAUAAAUGAGGAUAUGAUUCUUAAGCAGAUUCAAGCCUGAGAACAAUGAUGAACAACAUAACAGCUGCCACAAUGUCAUAUUUGUACAUGGCGCCAUGUCCUCCGCCGUUCGUCACUACCAAUGAAUUCCAACAACACGCUUACAGCCGUAAUCUUCCUAAAGACAUUGUGCUUGCUCUGAUGUUAAUUUGUCACAUACCCGCUGAUCUCAGUACGCCUGGCAGCACAACAUCGUAUCGCCCAACGUCAACAUCAGACGUGAAACACACAACUAUAAGUACACCGUUUCAUCGUCCUACGUCAACAUCAAAUGGGGAAGCUACAACUUCUAGUACACCAUCUAAUCGCCCUACGUCAACUUCAAAUGUGAAACCAACAUUUACAGGAUUUAUUAGUACAACAGACAAAAGUGAAACUUCCGAGGAGUGGUUAAUUCCAAGAGCUGUAGUUGUCAUUUUUGUAGUUUCUUUGGCUGUACUAGUGAUUUUUAUUUUUUGUCAAAGACUUCGAAAACGGAAGCUAUGCUGUCCAUUGACUCAAGAUAAUACAGAUGCUCCUGGUGGGGUCAUUUUGAAAAAGUUUGAAGGAUUAAACAACACCGAAGAGGAAUGUUCAAGGAUAAACCAAAUUGCAAAUAAGUGUGAAAUGUUCCUAGCAAUACCAUGUGUAUGGAAAAAAAUCAAAAUGUUUAUAAAGACCAUGAUUACGGAUCUAAUACACGUGAAGACAAAAAAGAAAGUAUGGUUACUACUGACUAUGCGGAUAAUACUUGUAAAGACGAUGAAAAAUGUACACACUUUUGAAUACCGUUCAAUUCAUCUAAAGUAUGCGGGUGUUCAUGCCAACGCCAAUUGGAUGAUAUUGAAUAUAUGUGGAAACACAAUGAAGAAUUGAGAUGAUUUCGUAAACUGACUCUACGAAAGGUCACCUAUUUACGCAAUACCGUUAGGGCCAUCGUGGUUACACAUUAAAAUCCAGUGGGCGACAAUGCGAUAGUACGAUGGCGACAAUUCGAUAGUACGAGGGCGACAAUGCGAUAGUACGAUGGCGACAAUGCGACAACGCGAUAGUACAAUGACGACAAUGCGACAGUGCGACAAAACGAUGGCGACAGUGCGAUAGUACGAUGGCGACAAUGCAAUAGUCAUAUCGUACUGUCGCCAUCGUAUCAUCGCGUUAUCGUACUGUCAUUGCAUUAUCGCAUUGUCGCCAUCGUACUAUCGCACUGUCGCCAUCUUAUUGUCGCACUGUCGUCAUCGUAUUUUCGCAUUAUCGCCAUCGUACUAUCGCACUAUCGCAAUCGUACUAUCGCACUGCCGCCAUCGUAUUGUCGCACUGUCGUCAUCGUAUUAUCGCACUUUCGCAUUGUCGCUUCUGGAUUUUAAUGUGUAACCACGAUGGCCCUAACGGUAUUCCGUACCUAUUACAUUUUCAACCACAGUAGCUGUGAUAUUACAAAAUGGGUUACUCGAUAUUUAAAAAACAAACACCAUUUACAUUUAUAUUAAACUAUGGAAAAAUU